CGUACGAGUCAAAGUGGUACGAUACUAGUAGUAUAACGAAAAUAUAUUUUCACGAAAAAUAUGGAAUUAUGAGGCGAGAACAUAUUUAUUAAAUAAUAAAUGGAGAAUUUCAAAUUUAGAAUUACAAAUUUAUAAUGAAUGAAGAAUGCCCGAGUUGUAAACAAAUAACAAAUACAUCAUGUUCAAGACUUAUAAAAGACAGUUGUGGCCAUACUAAAUGUCGUAUAUGUUUACUAUAUGAAGAACAAGGAUGUAAAAUCUGUAGUAAUUUACAUUAUGUACAAAAUAUUGGAAAUUAUGAUUGCACAUCCACAGCAAAAGGAAAUACAAAUAAUAUUUCUACUUUUGAUAAAAAUACCAAAUAUAAUGAAGAAAUAGUACUACCCUUAGAAUUAGUUAUUAAUAAACAUUCUAAAUCUAAAACUAAUAAUUCUGAAUUCCUUUCUGUGAAUUGUACAAAUAAUUCUGAAUUAUACAGUGAAAAUAUAUUGAAUAAGAGAAAAAAAGUGUAUAAAUCUACAACUGAUGUUAAACAUGGAGAUAUUUCUGGUAAGUUAUAUAUUUCCAAGGUAGAAACUGACAAUGUACCUUUAAAUGCACACGCAUGUUUAAAUCACAAGUCUGGAAUAGAACCAUCAUCUUACAACAAAGUUACAGAAAUAUGUGGUUUGGAAAUUAAAACAGAGUUUUCAAGUAAUGAAAAAUUAAUAAAAAAUAAAUCCAUAAAAACUUGCGAUCGUACACAUAUUUCAGUAAUACCUGGAUCACCGGAAAGAUAUAAAUGUAAUAUUUGCAGCAAAAUUUUUCAGAACAAGAAAGGAAAGUGCUAUCAUGAUGCUUGCUUAACUGGUGUUAAACCUUAUCAAUGCUCUUUUUGUGACAGAACUUUCAUUAAACGCUCUCAUUUUGAAUAUCAUGAAAGAGUUCACAGAGGAUAUAAACCAUUUAAGUGCAACCUUUGUGAAAAAGCAUUUCCUCAAAAAAACAAACUUAACAGGCAUAUGUAUUCACAUAAUAAAGAAAAACAAUUUGUAUGUACUAAAUGUAAUAAAGGAUAUACUAAACGAGAUGAUUUAAAAAAUCACUUGGAUGUGCAUAAUAGUGCAAAAACAUACUCUUGUAAAGAAUGCGAAAAAUCUUUUGGAAUAUUAACCAACUUAAAACGUCAUUUAAAAACACAUAUAAAUGAAAGACCACAUGUAUGUGAUCAAUGUAAUAAAAGUUUUAAAGAUAAGUCUUUGUUAAUCCGUCAUAAAAAAACACACGGAAAAGAUCGUCCAUUUUCAUGUGCUCACUGCAGUAGAGUUUUUUUAUCAAAAAGUGAAUUGAGACGUCAUUUAACGGUGCAUUCAGAGGAAAAACCAUUUUCUUGUAAAUAUUGUCAAACCGUAUUUAGAAGAAAAGAUAAUUUACAUCGGCAUAUUAGGCAUCAUCAUCCAGACAAUCCAUUUUAUAAUGUCAAGAAAUUACAGAAUCCUGUAUCUGACAGAAGUACUAAUUUGGAAAAAACUAAACAAAUCAAUUUGAAACAGAAACAAAGACCAAAAAAAUCAUACAAAAUAACUUCCAACUUGUUACCAAAAACUUCAACUAAAGUAUCCGUGGUUUAUGUAAGUUCUAGUGAUCAAAUCAGCUCUAGAUUAGAUUCAAUGGGUAAUAUUACACCCGUCAUAAGAACUACCAGUGAAGUAAGUAAUGCAGUUCCUGUUAUUAAUGGACCAAUUAGUAUUAAAAGACCAGAAGAUAAGACUGAUAAUAGAAAAAAAAUAUUCACAUAUACAGAACCGAUACCUCUUGCUGAAGCUGUAGUAAUAAAUAGACGAAUUGAAGAAAAGUUGUAUCCACAAAAUGUAUCUAAUCAUAAUUAUUUUUUCCGAAAUUGUUUGAAUUGUAUAGAUAAAUCAUAUUCCACUUCUAUAAAUCAAACAUCCCGCACAAAUCUUAACAUGAAAAAUACUACACAUAAAACAACUCUCGACGAAAAUUCAUUUUCAGAAACAGAUUCAAAUACGCAAACAAGUGUUCAAUGUCACAAUGAAGAAGAACAAAUUCCUAGCAAAAAAGAUAUUAAAUUAAACAUUGAAAAUGACAAUAAGCACAUAGAAGGUAAUUUCAUGGGAAGUAUGCAAUUAAAACCAUGAACAUUAGUCAAAAUAUUGAUAUAAACUAAGAAAAAUAGUUCUUACCAAUUACGAACAACAAAAAGAAAAAUGAAAUAUCAUUAAGUACAAAUCAGAUUAUUUAAAAAUUAAAACCAAAUACUUUCGGAAGAUUUAGUUCUACAAAUGAAGACUUUAAAACAACAAAUAACACAAUUUACUAUCAAAAAAUUCUAAAGAUACAAACGAGUAAAAACAAUGUGAUAUUAAAGAUGUUAAAUUGCAGAUACAUUCAAAUCAUAUGACUAGCGAAUUAAACAAUUAUUUAUUACCGUUUAUAACUCA